AAGGUAUGAAGCCACCGAAAAAAGAGAGAAACUUUGAAGCUGAAAUAGCGGGGGAGGAGAUAAAAAGAGAGAGAAAAUGGAUCAGCAGCAGUGUGGCCGUACAGUUUGUAACAGCAGCAGAAGUAGCAAUAUUAUUAAUGUUGGUGGCGGUGGCGGUGGCGUUGUGAUUCCGCACUCCUCUCCUUCUCCUUCUCCUUCUCCCUCUUCCCAUUCUUCCAUGGAGAUGGUGAAUGAUUCGCCCCUGCAGCCUCAACCUCAGCCACACCAUAACAUGGCUGCAGCUGCUAGGGUUUUUGGCAACAGCAACAACAGCGACCCAUCUCCCUAUUAUUUCAUGGACGGUGGCGGCGGCGGUGGUCCAAACAACAAUAGCAACCUGAUUGGCACCUCCUCCUCCAUUUCUGUCGCUAGUACUCCUAGUAAUACUACUGCCAAUACAAGUAGAAGUGUUAUGUGGUCGAUGAGGGCCAAAAUCAUGUCUCAUCCCCACUUCCCUCGCCUCCUGGCCGCCUACUCCAAUUGCCAAAAGGUAGGGGCGCCGGCGGAGGUGGCGGCGAGGCUGGAGGAAGUGUGCGGGGCGGCGGUGAUGGCGGCAAGAUCAGCGUCAUCAUCAUCAGGAGGAGUAGGAAGCAGCCGCAAUAACAAUAACAGUAGAAUAGGGGAAGAUCCAGCGCUGGAUCAGUUCAUGGAGGCUUAUUGUGAGAUGCUGACCAAAUACGAACAAGAGCUCUCCAAGCCUUUCAAAGAAGCCAUGCUUUUCCUCUCCAAGGUCGACUCCCAGCUCCGUGCCCUAACCCUACCCGAUUCCUCGCCCACUUCCGCCGGGUUUCCAGGUUCCGGUGACUUCAUCACUGGGAGGAAUAAUAAUGGAUCGUCGGAGGAUGACAUGGACGGACUCGAUGCCAGCUUCAUCGACCCACAAGCCGAGGACAAGGAGCUGAAAGUCCAGCUGCUCCGUCGAUACAGCGGAUACCUCGGCAACCUGAAGCAGGAGUUCCUCAAAAAGAAGAAGAAAGGCAAGCUGCCUAAAGAAGCGAGGAAUCAGCUGCUCGAGUGGUGGAACCGACACUACAAAUGGCCCUAUCCCUCGGAAUCGCAGAAGGUGGCGCUGGCUGAGGAGACGGGGCUUGACCAGAAGCAGAUCAACAACUGGUUCAUAAACCAGAGGAAGAGGCACUGGAAGCCAACCGAGGACAUGCAGUUUGUGGCGAUGGAUGCUGCUUACCCUCACCAUUACUAUCUGGACAACGGUGUGGGAAUGGGGAGCAAUGCAUUUCCUUUGGACUUCAAUUCCUCCGCUUCACAUCUUUGAUUUUGAUCAUCCUCGUCAUGAUCAUUUCAAUAUUGGGUUUGUCAACUUUGUUUGUUUUGAGUCUGCUGUUUGUUUAGUUGCCUUGAUUAUGGUGAUGUUGGGUUUGUGGUUUGGGAGUGUGUUUGUAGAUAUCUCUUUAUAGUUAAGAACUAGGAUUCAGCCCGCGCUCCGCCGCGGGAUACUAAUUCUGUUAUAAUUUC